AAAUGUCGCUCAACCGGAAGGUGUGAUUUCCUGAACGCCUCCGUGAUGACGUGCCAGGAAAAAACAUGGCGACCAAGGGACUCCGGCAGCGUAGCAGGCGGGGAAGCAAACAGGACGCCAGCGCUACCGCCAGCAGUCCGGCCGUCGGCGAACCCCGGGCGGCAAAAGAGGAGAAAAGCGCCGAGGAGAGCACGAGUAAACCCGCCGAGUCCAGAAAUGAGUCCUCCAGUAAGGCAGGCCAGGUUUGGGCUCCUGAGGGCUCCACCGCGUUCAAGUGCCUGGUGUCAGCCCGCUUCUGCGCCGCUCUGCUCAGCAACAUCUCCGACUGCGACGAGACCUUCAACUACUGGGAGCCGACUCAUUACCUGCUGUAUGGGAAAGGGAUGCAGACGUGGGAAUAUUCACCCGUCUACGCCAUCCGCUCUUACGCCUACCUGUGGCUGCACGCCCUUCCUGCCUACUUUCAUGCCAAUAUCCUUCAGACCAACAAGGUCCUCGUAUUCUACUUCCUCCGCUGCGUGCUGGCGUUCGCCUGUUGUGUGUGUGAACUCUACUUCUACAAGGCGGUGUGUAAGAAGUUUGGCCUUCAUGUCGCCCGGCUCAUGCUGGCCUUCCUGGUUCUAAGUGCAGGAAUGUUCUGCUCCUCUGCAGCUUUCCUGCCCAGUACUUUCUGCAUGUACAGCACUUUGGUCGCGAUGACUGGCUGGUUCCAAGGGCGCCCCAGUGUGGCCAUACUGGGCAUAGCAGCUGGCGCUAUUAUAGGUUGGCCGUUCAGCGCUUUGCUCGGCUUUCCCAUCGCGUUCGAUCUCCUCUUGGUGAAGAAGAAAUGGAAAAGUUUCAUCACAUGGACACUAGUGGCUCUUGUUCUCUUUCUGGUCCCGGUUGUGGUGGUGGACAGUUUUUACUACGGCAAGCUGGCAGUCGCACCUCUUAAUAUCUUACUCUACAAUGUCUUCACUCCUCACGGGCCGGAUCUUUACGGUACGGAGCCUUGGCACUACUAUUUUGUGAACGGGUUCCUCAACUUCAACAUUGUGUUUGUGCUGGCUUUGUUCUCCCUUCCUCUCACCGCUCUCAUGGAGGGUCUGCUUCAGCGGUUCAACGUGCAGAACCUCGGACGUCCCUACUGGCUCACCCUGUCCCCCAUGUACCUGUGGAUGCUGAUUUUCUUCACACGUCCCCACAAGGAGGAGCGUUUUCUGUUUCCCAUCUACCCCCUCAUCUGCCUGUGUGGCGCCGUGGCUCUUUCCUCGCUCCAGAAAUGCUACCACUUCAUGUUUCAGCGCUAUCGUUUGGAGCACUACACCAUCUCCUCCAACUGGUUGGCUCUCGCCUCCGUACUUCUGUUUGGAGUGCUCUCUCUCUCCCGUUCGGUGGCUCUUUUCCAUGGUUAUCACGCUCCCCUGGAUUUGUAUCCCGAGUUCCACCGCAUCGCCAAAGAACCGUCAAUCCACACAGUGCCCGAGGGCCGACCGGUGAGCGUGUGUGUGGGUAAGGAGUGGCAUCGUUUCCCCAGCAGCUUCCUCCUGCCUAACAAUUGGCAGCUCCAGUUUGUCCAGUCGGAGUUCAGAGGCCAGCUCCCGAAGCCCUUUGCCUCAGCUCCAGACGCUACACGUCUCAUCCCGACGGAUAUGAACGACCAGAACCUGGAGGAGCCGUCUCGAUAUGUGGAUUUGAAACACUGCCACUAUCUGGUGGACCUGGCCACAGACAAUGAAACCCCACGGGAACCGCGGUACGCUGCUAACAAAGACGAGUGGAGCAUUGUCACAGAAAAACCUUUCCUAGAUGCUUCAAAGUCAUCAAGGUUCUACCGGGCCUUCUUCGUUCCUUUCCUGUCUGAGCAGUACACCAGUUAUAGCAGAUACGUCAUCCUGAAACCACGGCGAGCGAAACACAGCAGGAGACGAACGCAGCCCUGAUGCCUCAUCGCAGUUUUUCUUUUUUUUCCCCCCUUCUCGUUAUUACCUUCAUUAUUUGCUUCUCCCUAUAGCAGUAUUUUCUGCACCUCUGAAAAAGAAACCUCCCUCUGUUUCCCGUGUGCGUGAGUGUGAUCUCAGCAUGGAACCGUCUGCCAUUUUGCACAUCGACCACCUCCUAACAUUCCAUACGACGUCUUUUUCCAUCACAGACCCCUCCAUUUUUCUCACGCCCACCUUCUCGUACAUUACCUGCUGUAUCUUUCUGAGCCGACGUUCCUUUGGCUCAGCAGCUCCUUUAAGGACCUCUGCUUAUUUCCCAUGUGCACGUUCCACAUCGUUUUGUCCUGGACUCAGACUAUAAACUGACCUCAUCCCAGGUCUCGGAGGACGAAACAACAGGCCUCCUGUCUCUCUGAUCAGCGGGAUGUCGGUGUUCUUGGUGUCAUGUCUCGUCCUGGAAAUGAGUCGUCUCAGUGUUCAGUGUGUGAUGGAGUCGAAUAAAGAGCAUCUUGUUGA